AUGCUAUCGUUUAAUCCUCGCUUAGUUCCUCCAACUCCCCCAGAAGUUAUCAUGGAGGCUGAUGACCAACCAUGGCCAAACACAGAACCUUUUACUGACUCACCUAUUAUGACCCAUCAGCAAGUCGGUCAAUCUAUUGACAAUGGCCGUACCCAAAAGCAGUCCAUGGACUGUGACACUAGGGAUGUUGAGCAUGCUCGUGCAGAGCUACUUCAAAUGUCUGAGACGAUGUCUGUAGAUAAUGACGAACAAGAGAUUGAUGUUGUUGGCGUUGAAGAUGCAGUCAUGGGAAUUGAUAAAGAGCGUCAGAUUACUGACCCAAUUGAUGUGUUCUCUAUGACUCGAAGUGAACCAAUGCCUACCAAAGAUUACAUUCGCUAUCGGUCCAGAGAGAAAGCCAGAUCUCGUCAGCGAAGCGAAUCCAAUGGGAAACAGAGCACAAGAAAUCGUUCGGUUGGUAACCAAUCGCAGCGUCAACUUUGUUCAACACCUCGUUCCAAAUCAUUGCGGUCACCGAGUCGUUCAACUUUGAGAGCCAAUGCAAAAGUUAAACAAGACCCCAAUUAUUCCAUGAAUGUGAACCAGCCCAAGCCUGAUCUUCUAUUGGAUAUUCUCAACAAACCACUGCUGCAGCCAGCAAUCGGUGCUCGUUCUACAAAAGCAACAAGUUCAAUGAAUUUCGAUCUGUCAGAACGCGUUGAUACUCUCGCCUUCCUCGAGGUCCCUGAUAGUUCAGAAAUAGAACUAACAAAUUUGUCUGAUUGUUUUGAUAUUAGAGCUAGACCAGCGACAGCAAAUUUUAAUGUUCAAAAUGAAUCUCUUGAUCCUUUUAUAAGUCCUAGUCUGCCUGACAUAAAUACUCUCCUCGAUAUAACUUCAUUCGAGACUCCGAUUGACGUCGAUAUGAGAGCGCGGGCGAAGGCGCUUGCUUGUCUUGAGAUGCCAUCGCGAGCACGGCCAAAGGCCUCCGUGCCAUUUACCAUGAAAACACGAUCGCAGUCGCUUUCGCGCCUAGAUAAUAUGAAUACGAAAUCAAGCUUUAGUGCUGGAAUUUCCGAUAAUUUGGAGAAAACGGCAGGACUCGCGACGCCGAGCCGCGGACGCAAGCCUGCGGAUUGGCUUGGCUUCUCAAACCGCUCUACAACGAAAGCGAGCUUUGAGCAAAUCGAAUGUAUGCAAACAGCAUCGCAAGUCGAAUCGCCUCUUCAAGAGACCCCGCGUACCAAAACCACCAUUCAGACUUACUCAAGAGUAACAUCAUCUUCAACAGACACGCAAGGUCGAUCAAUAAAACAAGUCCUUUCUGAGACUAAAACUGCCGCAUUCGUGUCAGUAGACACAACGCCUGAGGCUCCAGCCCAAGCUAUGCAACUUUGCAGUCGCCGCAACAAACGCCGUCAGCCAGCCAGCGGUCACGCCAGCCUGUAUACCCCGAUGUAUGAAUUCGAUCCAUUUCUAGGCAAAGUUGGUGAACGAGAUGAAACUUCUAACGAAACUAUUCGUCAGUUGAUGGAGCCUGUACCGAAGAGGCGCUGGAUCAGUCACUCCCUUUGCCCGACCACUUCGACGGCUACUUCGACGGCAACUUCGACGGCCACUUUGGCGGCCACAGAUCCCGUAGAAACGUUCGCUAGGCCCUCUAAACGCGCCUCCCGCACCCCGCGCGCCUCUGUUUCAGACCGCGCGACUCCAAAGACACGCACGUCCUCAGCCGUUCGCGCCGCUCCGCCUGCCCGCGAAGCUCCAUCAGCCCGCUCGCUUUCAGCCCUUGGAGCCGUCUCCGCCACUCAGGUCGUGGAUACCGCUCUACCGCCCUUUAACCACCAGACCGCUGGUGCAGCUCCAUCAACCCGCACCACUAAGGCCAUUCGAGCCGCGCCAGUAGCCCGCGCCGCUACAGCCACUGGUGCCGCUCCACAAAGCGUUCCCACUCAGGCAAUUGGUGCCACUCUAUCAGCUUUCAACAAUCCAGCUUUUGGAGCCGCUUCAAAUGAAGACAAUAUUCAGGACGUUGGUGUCGCUCCACUUUCCCGUGGCACUCCAGCCAUUGCUACGGCCCCACCAGUCAGCCCCUCUGCAGUUGUUAGUGCUGGUCCACCAGUACGUGCCGCUCGACGAGCCCGCGCAACUCGACCAGCCCGCGCUCGAAAAUCUCGUGCUGCUCGACGAGCCCGCUCCAAAGCGCCAGUUCGCUCUAAACCAUCAGCCCCCGUGGCUGCACCUGCCCCCGUGGCUGCACCUGCCCCCGCCGAUGCUCUUGCCCUCGCCGAUCCACUUACCCUCACCGCUCCGCCUGCUCGCGCAUCCCGUGUUUCGUUCGCGACCCGCAUUGCAUCAUUUACUCGUACUUCGGCCGCUACGCGAGUUGACCCUGACGAUGAUUCCGCUGGCGCUAAAGCCGCUGCCGCCGCUGCUGCGUAUUGCUUUCACGUUCGCCACUUGUACAAGACCACUAAUACAUCGGCAGGUCCUCCACCUGACUAUGACCCUUAUGAUUUUGAUACUUUUGGGGCAGAUUUGCUAAU